AUGGGUGGUAAAGUGCCAGCUCUUAUCGAAGCACAAGUUGAAAUGGGGUCCGUUAAUGAACUCGAGCACAAAAGCCUAUUUAGACAAGAAGAAGAUGCCACACAAAAUAAAGCAGCUUCUUUGAUGGAGCAAGGAUCACUUUCUAGAAAUUUCCCUGAACACACGAAUAAAGCACCAAAGAACAGUGUAGUUCAGAGCAUCAAGAUCGUGAUUUUAUCUAAUAAACUCAAUCUAUUAUUACCUUUCGGCCCUCUAGCAAUAUUGCUCCACUACACUAUAGAUAGUAAGGGGUGGGUGUUCUUGUUGAGCUUAGUAGGCAUUACACCAUUGGCUGAACGUCUAGGAUAUGCCACAGAGCAACUGGCUUUUUACACGGGCCCAACUGUUGGAGGUCUCCUAAAUGCUACAUUCGGGAAUGUGACUGAACUGAUCAUAUCGAUUUUCGCAUUGAAAAAUGGAAUGAUACGUGUUGUUCAGCUGACAUUACUAGGAUCAAUUCUGUCUAACAUGUUGCUUGUACUUGGCUGCGCCUUCUUCUGUGGCGGGCUUGUAUUUUACCAAAAAGACCAAGUCUUUGACAAAGGAAUCGCAGUUGUAAAUUCAGGAUUGCUUUUGAUGGCUGUCAUGGGGAUACUCUUCCCGGCUGUUCUUCACUACACUCAUAGUGAGGUUCAUGCCGGAUCAUCAGAACUGGCCCUGUCAAGGUUUAGCAGUAUCAUAAUGCUUAUAGCCUAUGCCGCUUACCUCUUCUACCAGUUAAAGAGCCAGUCUAAUUCUUAUAGCCCUCUUGAUGAGGAAACAAAUCAGAACGAAGAAACUUCAGCUGAAGAAGAAGAUCCUGAGAUCUCCAAGUGGGAAUCUAUCAUAUGGCUCUCUAUCUUGACUGCUUGGGUCUCUCUUCUUUCUGGCUAUCUUGUUGAUGCCAUAGAGGGUGCCUCAGUCUCGUGGAACAUACCUAUAGCGUUUAUCAGUGUGAUCUUGCUUCCUUUAGUGGGAAAUGCAGCCGAGCAUGCAGGCGCUAUCAUGUUUGCCAUGAAAGACAAGCUGGAUUUGUCGUUGGGAGUGGCUAUUGGUUCCUCUAUCCAGAUUUCCAUGUUCGCGGUCCCGUUCUGUGUGGUGAUUGGAUGGAUGAUGGGUGAACAGAUGGACCUCAACUUUCAGCUUUUUGAGACGGCGAUGCUGUUCAUCACAGUUAUAGUAGUAGCCUUUUUCCUCCAGGAAGGGACAUCAAAUUACUUCAAAGGCUUGAUGCUCAUUCUUUGUUAUUUGAUAGUAGCUGCCAGUUUCUUUGUACACGAAGAUCCUCACCAAGGUUAG